GUUCCGGGUGUGCUGUGUGCGCUUCAGGAGGCUGGGGAGGCACGGGCGGUGCUUGCGAUCGGAGAGCGGUUACUGGAGGAUCGCCCGCCCAAACGGUUCAAGCAGGAUGUGGUGCUAGCUAUGGCUCUGGCUUAUGUGGACCUGUCGAGGGAUUCAAUGGCGGCAAGCCCUCCAGAUGUGAUUUUCUGCUGUGAGGUGCUUGAAAGGGCCCUCAAGCUCUUGCAGGAGGAUGGGGCAAGCAAUCUUGCACCUGAUCUGCUGUCACAGAUUGAUGAAACUUUGGAGGAGAUCACACCUCGUUGUGUUUUGGAGCUUCUUGCCCUUCCUCUUGAUGAAAAACAUCAGAAUAAACGCCAAGAAGGUCUUCGAGGUGUGAGAAACAUUUUAUGGAGUGUUGGUAGAGGAGGUAUUGCUACUGUUGGAGGAGGAUUUUCUCGUGAAGCUUACAUGAAUGAGGCCUUUUUGCAGAUGACGUCGGCUGAGCAGAUGGAUUUCUUUUCAAAAACUCCGAAUAGCAUACCACCUGAGUGGUUCGAAAUCUACAGUGUGGCACUCGCAAAUGUUGCUCAAGCAAUUGUAAGUAAAAGGCCAGAGCUCAUCAUGAUGGCAGAUGAUCUUUUCGAACAGCUCCAGAAGUUCAAUAUAGGUUCUCAAUAUGCUUAUGAUAACGAGAUGGAUCUUGCAUUGGAAAGGGCACUCUGCUCAUUGCUUGUGGGAGAUAUUACCAACUGCAGAAUUUGGCUUGCAAUUGAUAAUGAAUCCUCACCACAUAGAGACCCCAAAAUUGUAGAGUUUAUUGUGAACAACUCUAGCAUCGACCAAGAGAAUGAUCUUCUUCCAGGGUUGUGUAAGCUUUUGGAGACUUGGCUUGUCUCAGAGGUUUUCCCUAGGAGCAGAGAUACUCGAGGUAUGCAGUUCAGACUUGGAGACUACUAUGAUGACCCAAAAGUUUUAAGCUACCUAGAAAUGAUGGAAGGUGGCGGUGCUUCUCAUUUGGCUGCUGCUGCCGCUAUAGCAAAACUCGGAGCUCAAGCUACAGCUGCUCUUGGUACCGUCAAAUCAAGUGCUCUCCAAGCAUUCAGCAAGAUUUUUCCAUUGAUAGAACAGCUAGAUCUUUCAGCCAUGGAAAAUCCUGACAAUGGUCUUGAGGGUUCUCUUCAGAAAUUUGAUCUGAAAAAAGUUAUGGGAUUUGACAUACAUGAUUCCAAAAAUGCGGCCUUGAAGAUUGUCUCUGCUGGUGCAUUGUCUGGUCUGCUGGCAGUAAUAGGCCUCAAGUACAUGCCUCGUAAGAGGGUGCUCCCUGCUAUCAGGAGCGAGCACGAGGCCGUGGCAGUUGCUAAUGUUGUUGACUCAGUUGAUGAUGAUGCAUUCGAAGAGUCAAUACAUAUUCCUAGAAUGGAUGCAAAGUUGGCAGAAGAUAUUGUGCGCAAGUGGCAGAGUAUCAAAUCCAAGGCCUUGGGAUCGGAUCAUUCUGUUGCGUCAUUGCAAGAGGUUCUUGCUGGCAACAUGCUAAAGGUAUGGACGGACCGAGCCGCAGAGAUCGAGCAGCAUGGCUGGUUCUGGGACUACACGCUGUCCGACGUGACGAUCGACAGCAUCACCAUCUCCCUGGACGGACGACGGGCGAGCGUGGAGGCAACAAUCGAGGAGGCAGGCCGGCUCACUGAUAUAACCGACUCAAAGAACAACGAUUCGUACGACACCAAAUACACCACCCGGUAUGAGAUGGCCUUCACCAAAUCAGGAGGGUGGAAGAUAACCGAAGGCGCGGUCCUCAAGUCAUAGAACAUUCGGUGUGCAGCAACCUUCCUAAUUCUUUUUAAGUUUUUUGUGCGUGUAAAUAAGCAGUGUAGGCUAUUUUCAGUCUUGGAAGACUGAUAUUUUUGGUUAGUCUGAUGUUAUCAGUGA